AGUUAAUAUUUUUCCACCUCUCACGUAAAAUUUCUACAAGAUGGCUUCUGCACUGGAAGUAAAGGUUCAUCCUCUGGUUUUAUUCAAUAUCGUAGAUUCUUAUGAACGUAGAAGUGAAGACCCAAAGAGGGUAAUCGGAACACUCUUAGGAAUCGUUGACAAGAAUGUGGUAGAAAUUACAAAUUGUUUUACAGUUCCUCACAAUGAAUCAGCUGAUGAGGUUGCAGUUGAUAUUGAAUAUGCUAAAGGAAUGUUUGAUUUAUAUAAACGAGUAACCCCUUGGGAAACUGUUGUUGGAUGGUACUCAACUGGAAAUGAAGUUACUGCCCAUUCCCGUUUAAUUCACGAAUAUUACUCUUUGGAGUGUAAACAACCGAUACAUAUAACAGUAGACACAUCUCUAAAGAAUAACAGAAUGAACAUUCAAGGCUACAUUGGAUCUGCUGUUGGAAUAUCUGGCAAAGCUCAAGGUGUUAUAUUUACGCCUUUAGAUAUUGACAUUGUUGCCCAAGAUGCUGAAAGAGUUGCUUUUCACACUAUUUCCCAAGCGAAGAGUCUACCACGUAAAGUCGUUUCGGUUCGUAGCGAUAUGGAACAAGUAGCCAAGGCUUCGGAGCAGAUUGAGACCAUGUUAGAAAAAGUUGAGGACUAUGUUGAUAAAGUUACUAAAAAAGAAUUAGAGGCAAACCCAAAAGUAGGCAGAAGUUUAUUAGAAUUAAUUAACAGCGUACCAAAGUUAAGCGCUGAAGAGUUUGAUACAAUUGUCAAUUCUAAUAUGAAAGAUUUGUUGAUGGUAGUAUAUUUGGCAAACUUAACGAAGACUCAACUAAUGUUGAAGGAAAAAUUGAUUCAUUGUUUGUACGAAGAUCAAGUAGGAAAAUUCGACUGGCGACAGCAGUACAUAGGCAAGGUCCAAUUUGCAGCGUUCAACCAGGCAGGUCAGUUUGGUAAAAAAGUGAUUGUUGGAAGUGAAGAAAAUGUUAUAGCCGCCUUAACAGUGAAAAAUGGAGAAUUAUCUUGGCGUCAGAUUCUAGAGAACGAUGAUCGUUUGGACACGGUACUACAUCUAGAAACAGCUGUCGUUGCUAUAUCUGGGGGUGGCAAAUUUGUUAGGGCAUUCACUAUAAAUCAAGGAUUUCUAUUAUGGGAAGUGAAUUUACAAAGUGAACCUGAAGGAACAGCCACUGGUGUUAUUUAUGGUGGAAGAAGUGAAAAAGUGGCAGUUCUUGCCAAUAAUCGUGUUUGGUCUGUAGACACUUCCACAGGAAGAGUUCAAUGGACGAAAACUUUAACACCCCUCAAGAGCAAAUUUCAAAAGCUCAUAAAUACGGAUUCUUCUGUGACUGUAUUGAGAAUUCCUAGCUCAGGAGAUACUGAUGUUAUUUCUUAUAGUACUGAUGGUAGUCGCGUAGCUGAGAAUACAAUUAAAAACCCUUGGAUGAAAACAGACAGCCUAGAAUGUAUUACCGUUACAACUAAUGUAGUCUGCUUAGAAAGUGAAAAAUCCCGAUUAUACUUAUUAAACGCUGCUAAACCCCAUUCCUAUAAGGAAAUAGUUCUAUCUGCUUCUACAUGUUCAAAAAACCUAAAUGCAUUAUUUGAAACAAGAGAGAGUCUAGGUAGCUUAUUCGGUUUUAAGAAAAGUUCAGGCUCUGGUAUGGCUUUAAUAAAGAUUGACGGAGACAAAACAAAAGAAUUAUUUUAUUCCGAUAAUAUUGUUGCUACUUCCAUCACCAAACUUAACAACGAGCUAAUUAUUGCCACUGCAACCGUUGAAAAUCAAGAAAUAAAAAUAAGAUUUUUUGAAUAUGAAACUGGAAAUGAAAUAACUAGCUUACAAAUGAGUGACAUAUGGCCAUCGUAUAGAAAAUAUCCAAAUGAACUCAGAGUAUUAGCGUUUAAGAAAAAAGAUGGCACCACUUCUGUGCGAGUUUUUAUUAUUUCUGAUGAUCUCUCUCUGUCAAUGUUCAUUAAGAAUGGAGGAAUAACAUGGACGAGGGAGGAAGCUCUGUCAAAUAUACUCUCUGUCGAAAUGGUUGAUUUGCCAGUGUCUCAAAUUCAAGCUGAAAUGGAAGAUGAAUUUGGCAGUUCAGGAUAUAAUCUGGCUAGUAUGUUUGUGAAAAGGUUAAUUACCCAGUUACAUCAAUUUGGCACUUGGAUUCUUCAUAUAUCAGCAAAAUUGUCUAAAACUAGUGGAUCAAAUUCCGGAAGAGCUGAAUUAAUAAACGAUCCUGAUUAUUUGACAAGAGAUGACUUUAACUUACAUAAAAUGAUUGUAGCAACUACAGCUUCCAUGAAGCUAUUUGGUAUUGAUAAUUUAAGCGGUCAAAUAUUAUGGCAAAUUAGUAUAACAAAUGCUGAAGUUUUUGACCACUCUGGGAAAAUAGCUCUUCCAUUAUAUAUUCAAAGGACAACGGCUCAUUUUCCCCAUCCUCCUGUGGCUACUGUUGUGGCAAGACAUGCUACAAAAGCUCAGUCUAUAUUUAUGACUUUCAAUCCGAUUACUGGUGAAAUUCAAGGAUCGAACGAUGGUGUUCUUAUGAACUACGUACCAAUUCAAAUUACUCAACUUCAAUUUGUCCAGGAAGACUACAUUGCACCAUUAGUAAUAAUUGACAGUUCGAAAAUGGUACACGUUUACCCAACGGAAGGAAAAAAUGUUGUGAAAGAACAUGCCAAUAACUUAUUCACAUAUACGGUUGAUACCACUACCAAUAUACUAAAUGGAUAUGUUAUUAUGCAAGAAGAUAGCUAUUUAGUUGCUGCUCCAUCAUGGAGAGUUGAUCUGAUGAAAAACGAGCAGAAUAUAACAAACAUAGUCGCAAAGAGAUCAAUCGGUACAAAUUACUAUUUAAGAUAUCAGGAAAUACCUUUUUCCUACAUGUUUACUGUCUCUUUUCUAGAACACGUUCAUUCUCAAGGAGUUGUUUUGGGAGACAGAAGUGUUAUGUACAAGUACUUAAACCCAAAUUUAUUUGCCGUAACUACCUCAGGAGUUGAUCAACAGGGAAAAUCUUUUAUAUCAGUAUAUCUAAUUGAUGGAGUAACUGGGAACGUCGUUUAUUCUACAACGCACAAAAGCGCUUUGGGCCCUGUACAAAUAGUUCAUUCUGAAAAUUGGAUAGCUUAUGUUUAUUAUUCGGUGAAAAAUAGACAAAAAAGAAGCGAAGUUGCAGUUGUUGAAAUUUUUGAGGGUAAAGAACAAAACAAUGCAACGGCGUUUAGCUCAUUCUCCGUGAAUUAUCAGCCUAUGUUUAUGACUCAAGCUUAUAUAUUUUCUGGUCACGUAUCUGCAAUGGCAGUGACAGUUACCGAGAAGGGUAUUACUAACAAAGAAGUUAUAAUGGCUUUACCAACUGGAUCGAUUUUAGCUUUACCAAAGAUGCUUCUAGAUCCUAGACGACCCUUAGUCCCAACGGCGGAGUCACAAGAAGAAGGCGUUCUCCCCUAUAUCCCAGAAUUACCAAAGCUAUUCGAAGCGAUGGUUAAUUAUAAUCAGUCAGUAUAUAGAGUUAAAGGAAUUCACACUGCACCAGCAGGAUUGGAAUCAACGUCACUUGUUCUCACCUAUGGUCUAGAUUUAUUCUAUACUCGUCUCAUGCCAUCGAAAAUGUACGAUGUAUUAAAAGAAGAUUUUGACUAUUUUUUUAUUAGUGCCGUUGUCACGGGAAUGAUUGUUGUAUCUGUCGUAACGCAAAAAUUUUCCUCAAGGAAAGCUCUUUCAAGAGCUUGGAAAUAA